GUGAGCGUUAUUGUUAAAAUGGGUGACGAGGAGGUUGCUGCGUUAGUUGUUGAUAAUGGUUCUGGAAUGUGCAAGGCAGGCUUUGCAGGGGAUGAUGCUCCCCGUGCAGUGUUCCCUUCCAUAGUGGGCCGUCCACGCCAUCAAGGAGUAAUGGUGGGUAUGGGACAGAAGGACAGUUAUGUCGGUGAUGAGGCACAGAAUAAGCGAGGAAUACUCACAUUAAACUAUCCAAUUGAGCAUGGAAUUGUUAUAAACUGGGAUAAUAUGGAAAAAAUAUGGCAUCAUACGUUUUACAACGAACUCAGAGUUGCCCCUGAGGAACACUCUGUCCUCUUAACUGAAGCUCCUCUCAACCCAAAAGCAAAUCGAGAGAAAAUGACCCAAAUUAUGUUCGAAACAUUUAACUCUCCGGCAAUGUAUGUGGCAAUUCAAGCUGUUCUGUCUCUCUAUGCCUCUGGAAGGACAACUGGGAUAGUAAUGGACUCGGGAGAUGGUGUCUCCCACACAGUUCCAAUCUACGAGGGCUAUGCACUUCCCCACGCCAUAAUUAGAAUGGACAUUGCAGGGAGGGAUAUGACAGAUUAUCUAAUGAAAAUUCUGACUGAACGAGGAUAUUCUUUCACUACAACAGCAGAGAGAGAAAUUGUAAGAGACAUGAAGGAGAAGCUGUGUUAUGUCGCUCUUGACUUUGAGAGAGAAAUGGCCACAGCCGCGUCUUCUUCUUCUCUUGAAAAGUCGUACGAACUGCCAGACGGACAAGUAAUAACUGUUGGGAAUGAACGUUUCCGUUGUCCGGAGGCAAUGUUUCAACCCCAGUUCCUUGGAUCCGAGUCUGCUGGAAUCAACGAGACCACUUAUAACUCGAUUAUGAAGUGUGAUAUCGACAUUAGAAAGGAUCUCUACGCUAAUACUGUCUUGUCUGGUGGUUCGACCAUGUUCCCUGGCAUUGCUGAUCGAAUGCAGAAGGAAAUUACCUCUCUGGCUCCUUCUACGAUGAAGAUUAAAAUUGUAGCGCCACCGGAGAGAAAGUAUUCGGUCUGGAUUGGGGGAUCUAUUCUUGCUUCUCUUUCCACUUUCCAGCAAAUGUGGAUCACCAAGCCUGAGUAUGACGAGUCUGGCCCAAGCAUUGUUCAUCGAAAAUGCUUUUAGUCUAUUUUAAUUAAUACUUUAAUUUCUGAUAUUUU